AUCCGACGUCGUCGCUAAUUACAAUCUGGAGAUAUGUAAAGACGAACGUGGGGCCAAGGAAGCGCCCACCAUGAUAAAAAGAAGACUUGUUCAAAGAGAGAAAGAAGAGAUCAUCACAACAUGGAUCAUCAUCAACAACUCUUCUCUCUCUGGUCAUAUCAAGAAACAUUUCUUCGCUAGCCUCUCUUUACUUGGCCUCCUCAUAUUCUCCAGCGUCGUCAUCGUCAAUCUCCUCGGCUCUUCCUCCUUCGAGCCCCUUUUUCGUUUCGGAUUGUUGCCGCCAUCAUCGCGAAACAUAAAUAAAGACUGCGAUUACUCCAACGGAAGAUGGGUUCGUCGAACAUCACCGUCUCUUGGAUUAUUAUACGGAGAAGAGUGUCGCUUUCUUGAUUCCGGUUUUCGUUGUCGUAAGAACGGAAGAAAUGAUUCUGGCUAUCUCCAUUGGCGAUGGCAACCACACGGCUGCGAUCUUCCACGAUUUAAUGCAAGUGAUUUUCUGGAGAGGAGUCGGAACGGGAGGAUAGUGUUCGUGGGAGAUUCCAUCGGAAGAAACCAGUGGGAAUCUCUAAUGUGCAUGCUCUCACAAGCAAUACCUAACAAAUCUGAAAUCUAUGAAGUAAACGGGAACCCAAUAACUAAACACAAGGGCUUUCUCUCGGUGCGAUUCCCUCAGCAGAACCUCACAGUUGAGUAUCAUCGAACACCAUUUCUCGUCGUGAUUGGCCGGCCACCGGAAAACUCCACUGAAGAGAUUAAAACCACUGUGAGAGUCGACGAAUUCAACUGGCAAUCGAAAAGAUGGGUCGGAUCGGAUGUUCUUGUCUUCAACACAGGGCACUGGUGGAACGAAGACAAAACCGUGUUAACAGGAUGCUAUUUUGAGGAGGGAAGGAAAGUGAACAAGACAAUGGGAGUAAUGGAAGCAUUUGGGAAGUCUUUGAAGACAUGGAAGUCAUGGGUUUUAAAGAGACUCGAUCCUGACAAGAGUCAUGUCUUCUUCAGAAGCUACUCUCCAGUGCAUUACAGAAACGGGACAUGGAAUUUGGGUGGUCUAUGUGAUGCAGAGAUGGAGCCUGAGACUGAUAAAAGGAAGAUGGAACCUGAUGCAACUCACAACAGAUACAUCUAUGAUGUAAUUGAAGAUAUGAGAUAUCAACAUAGUAAGGUUAAGUUUCUCAACAUUACAUAUCUGACAGAGUUUAGGAAAGAUGGUCAUCCUUCUCGGUAUCGAGAGCAAGGUACUCCUGUUGAUGCUCCUCAAGACUGCAGCCACUGGUGCCUACCGGGCGUACCUGACACAUGGAAUGCGAUCCUCUAUGCGCAACUCUUGUCAAUGAAUUAUAGAACAAAG